ACUGAAUGAUUUCAACACUUGAAUUUUAAAAAUUACUUAUCCCAUUAAUGCAUCAACUACAUAUACAUUAUUUUUCUCUUAAGUGAUAGAUAUUUACCAGUUUUUAUCUAAUUUGUUUCAAACUUUAUGUUAAUUCAAACAUUAAUGAUGAUUCAAUUAUGAUCUUAAACAAGAUUUUUUAUAAUUCAACACUUGAGUUAUUUAAUCUAGGUUUUUUUAUUAAUAAUUACCUAUUUUUCAAUAAUUAUCCGCCCUACUAAAGUAUUUAAAAAAAACAUAUGUUUAGAUAAGUAUUAAAGUACUCUAUUGUAGUUGCAUCACGUGAACCUAUGAUGAAUGGUAUGUUUGAAGAUUCAAAUAUGCAUUGCAAACCAAAUGCUCUUGUUGGUAAUUUUGGAUGGUUUUUGCAAGGUCUUUUAGCUACAUUGGCGUUCCUCUGUUUAAUAAGUAAGAUAUGUUUUUAAUUUAUGCAUGUAAUGCUGGUUACUUAUUUUCAAUAUUUGAUUUUUUUUAAUUUAAAAGCUUAUAAUAGAUACAUAGUUUUUACUUUUUAAAUAAAAUUGAAUGUUAUGCAAUCUAAAUUUUUCUAAAAUAUUUGUAAAGUUUCUUUUGAUUUUGUUGUAUUUUAUUUUGUUUCAUAUUAAUAUCAUGUAAAAAACAAUUGUUUGUUAUAAAGUUUGUAUAAUAACACAUUUGAACACCUAUGCAUGUAUUAUGUUUGUAAUUAGUAAAACGAUUUUGUGAACCAAAGUAUGAUCGACGACCAUGGAAAGUAUGGUUUUUUGAUACUUCUAAACAAGGUUUGGGAUCUUUGCUUAUGCAUUCAGCAAAUUUAUUAUUAGCUGGUCAAAUUCAAGGCGAUCCAUGUAAAAGGUAAAUUUAAUAAUAAGGUAAUAUUUUGUUUAUAAAAGCUAAUAGAAAAGAAAAUUGAAGGUAAUUGUAAUUGGAAGAUAUAAAAUUCUAAAAUUUAUGUUUUUUUUUUUUUUUUUGUUAUUAGAUAUAUGAUACAUUUUUUAUUGGAUUCGUCAUUUGGUUUACUGAUGAUUUUUUUUGGUAUACGAUUUUCACAACACAUAGCAAGAGUGAAAAAUUGGGAAUCAUUCAAUUUUGGAGAAUAUGGUAUGAGAACAUCUAUUUAUAUGAUUACAGUGGUGAUUUAAAAUAUAUCUCUUAAUAUUUUAUAAGUGUUCAGUUUUUAAAUUAUACAAUGUUUUACUAGGUAAUUUGUUAAUAACUGAUAUAAAAACUGUAAUGGUAAUUAUUAUUUUCAAUUUUUCUUAUUAAUGCUAUUCACUAUGUAGAUAUAAUUAGUAUUAUUUACUAUUAAGAUAUAAAUAAAUAUUAUUUGUUAUUGUUUUUAGGAAAACCAGAAUCGGUUAGAAUUUGGUUAAUUCAAUGUGGUUUAUACUUGUCACUUUUAUGUUGUGUCAAAAUAGUUAUUACAUUAUUAAUUUCAUUAGACAUUUGGUUAGUACUUACAGAAUUUAUUAUGUCACCCUUCACUGACCCCAGGACAGAAUUAACAAUAGUCAUGUUCAUCAUUCCUUUAUUUAUAAAUGUAAGUAAAUUACAAAAACAUUAUUUUUAUGAUCAUUAAUAAUAAUAUGUGUAUUGGGAAAUAUAGGCUCUUAUGUUUUGGGUAACCGAUGACAUACUAAUGCAUAGAAGUCGUCAUCGAAUUGGUUUAUUGAGGCGCAUGAAAAUACGAUAUCAUAAAGUUCAACAAAGCGGUAGACUUGAAGAUUUGACUGCGUCGGAUGAUGAAGAAUUGCUCAAUGUAGAUGAAACAUCAACAAUUUUACGGUCUAGUUGAGCUCAAAGUUUUUAGUUGGUUUUAAAAAUAGUUUAUUUAAAACAAACAUGCAUUUCAGUGUAUACUUAAUUCCUCAAUGAUAUUCAGCAUUCCUUCAUUAUAUAUUAUAUAUUUUAUAAAAAAUAUUGUAAAUUGUAUAUGAUUUUCAGUAUUUUUAUAAUUUUUUACAGAGUUAUAAUUUUAUAAUUUAUACUAGCCAUUAAUUCAUUUAUAAAAUGUCAUUGCUCAUCCUUCAUUUAGGAGUCUGUAAAGGUGUUAAAGCUAAAAAACAACUCCACUCCACGAAAUAUACUAAAUUUAGAUUUAAAUUUACUUCCACUUUAAUCACUUCAGUCUGUUUAUAAAACAAAUUUGAUUGCAGAGUUCAUUGAGGUCAUUUGGUCCAGUAAGAGUCACUUUAAGUGUCCAAAAGUAAUAAAAAAAUGAUUUAUAUUAUAUGUAAUAGGUUGAUAUAUGACACAAUACAAUUCAAUUCUUUCUAUUAGCACAUCUUUAAAAUAUCAACAAUUAUAGACAAUCUUUUGUAAGGCACUUGUUCGAUUUAUUAAAUGUAUUCCUUGUAAGUUUUGUUAUUAAUGACUCCUUCAUAAUCUUAGUUGGACACGCAUGAGUUUCUCUGGGCUCUGACUAUUCUAGACCAAAAUUGAAUGAUUGCCCAAUGAAAAUUUUUCAGAUUUCUCAUUUUUAUACUAUAAAUACAAAUUAACGAAAAAGCUAGGGUUAGGUUAAGGAAUUUUGAAAAGUUCUCAUGUUAAAUCUUGGAGUGUUGAAAUCUUCCUAUUAGAUAUAUAUGAACAUGCAAAAUUAUGAUGCAUGAGUCAUCCAGAUCAUAGUCCAAUCUAAUUCCAAUUAAUUCCCUAUGUAAUUAUCUAUGUAAGUAAUUUCUAAAUAAUAUAGUGCAUUUAAAUAAUUAUUCCUCUAUAUUUCAUAACAUAUCUCCGUUGUACCUAUUCUCGCUCUAUGAAUCUUAAAGGCUGUGAUAAAAUUAUAGUAAAGUUAAAAAUUUUAAAUAUUGGCCAUACUUUUUUUUAAAGUCUGUUAAUAAUUUUUUAUUCACAUAUAUUUUUUAUUUGG